AUGGCACCGAAGAAGACGCGAGUUAAGAAGGCGCAAACCAAGAAGAAGGCAGCCAAAAGAAUACAACCCAAAGAGAUACUGUCACCCGACACCCCACCUGCGGAUGGCAGUUCUCCAUUUACCAGACUCCCUCUGGAGGUACACAUGGUCAUCGGUGACACAUUGAAAGCGGGCAUGCAGCUUGGUGCGCUGGCCAAAUUAGCCAGGACAUCGCGGCGUCUUUGCUCUUUCUACGAGCAGCAAAUCUACAAAGGUAGAGGCAACAGCAACAACAUCGUUGCUCUGAUGUGGGGAACGAGACAUAACUCUGUCACUGUUAUGCAGAGCGCCCAACAGUGGGGCGCAAACCUCGAUGUUCGGGCUUACCACCUGAACAGAAUGGGACGCAACAGAACCCAUGGAAUGCAUGGUAGCGGAACGGCACUCCAAUUAGCCAUUAGGGAUCAAAACAACGUAUCCAUGUGCUGGUUGCUCGACGAGCACGCUCGUGUGGAUAUACCUGGGAAGCCGGCUCAGGGCAUGUGCCAGUGCACCACCCAGUCCAGAUCUCACGCCUCCAGUCUCCACCUUGCUUUCUGCAAUGAAAACCUGCUUGCCGCCACGACCCUUCUCCGACGCGAACCGGUAGCGUCGGUGCGGUAUUCACUAGAGGUUGAUACACGAUCCAUUCUGAAUACGGCAGUCAAGGCGGCUUUCAGUGGGUAUUCGGUCAGCUUUUUGGCUGUGGCACUCGAAAACCCUGCAAUUCGCAAGUCAAUCAAUUCAUUUCAGGGAUUGGACCAUCGUACACCCAUCAAAGUGGCUCUGUCACCUCACCACGAGGGUCGUCAUCUCUUAGAGCAGAUCCUUGAUGCCAUGGUUAAGGCAGGUGCAAGUUUGGGGCCGUACCCUCAUGGCUCAGAUGUGGAGGGACACCAUUCACCCCUAUGGUCAUCACUCUACAGAGGUGACAGAGAGGCAGCCACAUAUCUGCUGCGGCUCGGCUGCGACCCCAACGGUGACCGACCUCUUCCGAUUACUCCAGAGUGGCGGAGCCCGUUGCACUGGUACAUUCGCCAUGAAUCACAUGAAAGAUGGUACACGCCUGGUUGGCAGCAGGAGCAUGUGGCUCAUGAGUGGAUGGGUCAACGCAGACCGUCUAUCAGAGAUUUCAUUGUUGUUCUUCUCGAGCACGGGGCGUCGCUGGACAUCACGGAUUUGGCUGGAAACUCUCCACUCGAUUAUGCCGUCAGCUACAUGGACAGAUUUGUUGAACCAAGGCGCCGAGUUGCAGGCUUCAAGCUUGUCAAGCUCUUGCUUGCCAAAGUCAAGGCCGAGGGCAUCUCCAAAAAGUCCAGGGAAGGGGCUGACGACGUCAUGGCGACACUGGUUCAGGACUUGCGGGCUGAGCAUGCCACUCAUGAUCUGUCCGACGUUCGGGUGCGUGAACUUUCGGCAGCAGAUUGGGAUUACGAUAGCGAAGAAGAAGAAGAACGCGAGCCGAUUCGUUUAGGAUGGCAUGCGUGGAGGCGUGAGGGAGGAAGGUUGAGAAGAAAGUGA